AUGAAGGAAGAAAUGCAAAGGCAUAUUAAGCUGACCCCAUCACAGACGACCCCCGUUGUGCUGGUCGUAGGGGACCCAGGUCGAGUGGACAAGGUGAAGAUGUUAUGUGACUCGUAUGUAGAUUUGGCAUAUAACAGAGAAUACAAAAGUGUUGAAUGUACAUACAAAGGGCAGAAGUUCCUCUGUGUGAGUCACGGAGUGGGUUCAGCAGGAUGUGCCAUCUGUUUUGAGGAGCUGAUGAAUAACGGAGCAAAGGUAAUCAUUCGUGCUGGUUCCUGUGGUUCUCUCCAACCAGGUCUAAUGAAGAGAGGAGAUAUUUGUAUAUGUAAUGCAGCCGUAAGGGAGGACAGAGUAUCUCACCUUAUGAUCUACUCCGAUUUCCCAGCUGUGGCCGAUUUUGAAGUUUACGACACGUUAAAUAAAGUUGCCCAAGAAUUGAAGGUCCCCGUUUUUAACGGAAUUAGUUUAUCCUCUGACAUGUACUACCCACACAAGAUCAUACCCACAAGACUGGAGGAUUAUUCAAAGGCUAAUGUUGCUGUUGUCGAAAUGGAAGUAGCCACGUUAAUGGUUAUGGGUACUCUACGAAAGGUAAAAACAGGCGGCAUUUUCAUCGUCGAUGGAUGCCCAUUGAAGUGGGACGAAGGGGACUUUGACAACAACCUCCAUCCAGAGAGACUUGAAAGUAUGAUCAAGGUAUCUUUGGAGACCUGUGCCCGCUUGGCGAAGAAGUACUAA